GCGGGCGGUGUAAACAGACCCGGGAGCCGCGAGCCCCGGAGGAGGCGCGGGUGGCGCCGCCAUGGACUUCCAGCAGCUGGCAGAUGUCGCCGAGAAGUGGUGUUCCAGCACGCCCUUUGAGCUCAUCGCCGCCGAGGAGACAGAGCACAGGAUGGACUUCUAUGCCGACCCGGGCGUCUCCUUCUACGUGCUGUGUCCGGACAACGGCUGCGGCGACAGCUUUCACGUGUGGAGUGAGAGCGAGGACUGCCUGCCCUUCCUGCAGCUGGCGCAAGAUUACAUCUCUUCCUGCGGCCAGAAGACUCUCCAGGAAGUGUUGGACAAAGUCUUCAAGUCCUUCAGACCUUUGCUGGGGCUUCCAGACGCAGAUGAUGACGCAUUUGAAGAGUACAGUGCAGAUGUGGAAGAGGAGGAGCCAGAAUCGGACCACCCCCAGAUGGGGGUGACCUUGCUGAGGAAACGCAUGAAGGAGGAGAAACGCAGCCUGCACGAUUUAUGUACCUGUUAAGUGUCCGGAAGUGAAAGGUUUGACUUAGAAAGCAUGAGUUUCAGUAUCUAGUCAUGAUCUGCACACGUGCAGACGCAGAGGGUGAGAGCGGCUGAGGCUCCUUGGAGAGGUCACCAUUGUCACUGUUGGUCACCUGGGCAUGUAGCAGCCAGCCACUGGUCAGUGUAAAUGUUUCCUGCUUGUUCGAUCGUUUUAAAACAUGCUGAUUCCAAAGCCACUUUUAAAUUCUAAUAGUAGAAAGGUUAGAUGGGGUGAAAGAUAUAAAUGAUUGGUUUCUUAAAGCUGUUUAUAAACCUGCAUAUGAAACAUUUACCUUUUCUCUUUAUGAUGAGACAGAAAAUUACUUAAUCAUGAGAACAGCCGGGCUUGGAUCAAGUGCCCCUUAAGCUUUGAAGCCAUAGAUAAAUCUAACAGGAAAAUAAGUUAGGAUAAAAAUAUUAAUAUAACAAAAUCCUUUACUUUCCUAAUCUUUUAUUCUUUAGAGAAUGUCAAGAAAGGCUCCUAGUGAGCUAAUUUACUUAAAAUUAUAAUUAAAUACUCUAGGGAACCUACAGUGAAAUUUUAAAGGGACAUGAAAGUCAGAAUCUUAAUUACGAGAUUGCUUGAUUAAAAGAGGAUGAUUUAAUGACCAGGACACACAGACAACUCCCAGGAGUAACUGCCAUCAUCAUUUAGCUAGUAAAUACUUAGGAGGGCAUUCUCUGAUGCUAUUGUGAGACCCUCACGUGUCUCAGAUUCUCUUAACUUAGGGUGCAAGUGUCUCCUUGAUUGAUUCCUCUGUGCAUCCAGUUACAUGACUAGUAUUUUAAAUUUAAAAAAGAAGAUGAUGAUGAUGAAGAGGAAGAUCACAACCACCUGCACCGACAGAAGCUUGUGUGGAUGGCUGGCGUGUCUGGGCCUUCUCUGUUUAACCCAGGGGCAGGUCAAAGAGUCCCACGCUCCUUGGUGUAUUGUAACAUUCAGCGGCUAGGUGAUAUCACACACUGGUUUCCAUAUGUGCUUUUGUACCUGCGUGUUUUAUUUUCUGGGAGAAACUUAUUAAUGGUUAAUUUCAAACCAAGUGACUUCUCUUGAAGUGGCCCAUUGGCAAUGUCACACUGAGUGCUCCUUCCAGGGCGCGGGGUCAGCCUUUGAGUCCUGCCCGUAGUCCCACUUUGUGAGAUACAACAGGGAGCCUGAGCCACCUGUCUCAUAGGUACUGUCCAGGGCUUUCUUUUAAAUAUGGUAGGUCACACAAAUAAAUGGCCUUUAUGGCUAAAUGAGGCUGUUUGAGCAAUUUGCUCCAUUCCGAGGUAAUCUGGAAUUUUAUACACAGAGUCUUCAAACCUAAAUUUACAUAUGUUUGAACAUUAGUAUAAGAUGAAUUUUUAUCAAAAUCAUUUAAACUUUGACCAGAUAUACUCAAUGUUAUCACAUUAAGGUUCUCUAUUUGUACAAGUUGAGCUAAGACCCUUCCUAGUGGUGCAGCGGGCUGCUAAAACCUCUCCUCUUCUGCUCAGGGGUCAGGAAGAGAGAACAUCCCUGGAUGUGGUUGAUUUCCACGGCAAAUCCCAGAGGCACCGUCCUUGCAAAAUGCCUUCCCUUUGCUAUUGUGUGUGUCCCUUCCAUUCCAGUGUGGGCCUGGGUGCACACCCGAGCCUACCUGUUCCACAGUGAAACAAAUGUGACCCCUCCCAAGCCUACAGAGGCAGGCAUUCUAGCAGCAGCCAUAGCCUGGGGGAAGGGUCUUUGGGAGUUAGGAGAGACGUUUACCCUUGACUGCCGGACACUGACAGUCACGUGACUUCUUAUGAAAUAGGACUCUUUGCUCUUCUACCUUUGAACACUAUCCUAAUGCAACUGCCAAGGAAAGUGUGUGCUCAGAAGGGCAACAGCCCAGGACAUGAGGGACAUGGGAAGGGGAUGUUGUAUAAUUUUGACAAAGAUGGUGCCCUUAAGAUGCUGGUCAUGCAGCUACUUUAGAAUAUGGCGGCCAGCGGAUGUCCAGAUUCCUGGUGCCUGGGGUGGGCUCUAUCCCAGGCGACUGAUGAGGGCCUGUCACUUUGAGACGUGGGUAAGCAGAGGCCCCAGAAGAUGGUUUGUCUCUGCUGAAUGGCAGUGGCAGGCGGGGCUGCUCUUUGCCCGCCUACGCUGAAGGCUUUGGAGGUGGUAGGCAGGUAACCCGAGGGGAGAUUGGUGUGAAGGCUAGCUGGAGGAGAAUGGUGGUGAACGCUUUGCUUGUCCUAUCACUCAGGAAAGGGAAAGUGACAGUGAAGACCUGGUAGGUAGCAGACAAGAGACAGAGUAAACAGACAGGGACAGACUGAUAGCUCACCGAUCGACGUGACCUGCUGAACUCUGAAUUCCACCACUAACAGUGCUACUGAGGUGUAUCCUAUCACUGAGUGACUCAUGGAGACAUUUUUCUCAUAUCUACCAGGUUACUUUCCUCUGCCUGGUGAUGGCACUGAGCCAAGCAGGCUUCAGACAUCCAAGAACAGAGGCAGGGCGCAGAGGGAGGCCUGGUACAGUGCCUGGCAUCACUAGGGUUCCGCCAGAGCGAUGGGUCCACUUGUGACUCGCAGGCUCCCUGCAGCACACGGGACAUUCAGUGUUUCCGUGACCAGAGCACAAAUCGUUUGCUAUGUGAGGCGAUUGUCCUUGCACAGUGGUGUCCGAACUAGGUUUGCAGUGCACUUAAGUCAAACUGUGUCUGGGAGUGACACCACUGCUCGGUACAGACAGAAACUAUUCUCUAGUACAGUUCAUGUCUCUGAAUGUUGUUGCAGUUUCUCCGAGCACAAAGAGUGUGUCCAGGGUGUGGUGACCCCAGACUGGAAUUUUUAGUUAUUGCGUGUUGAAACUCACCAGUUGGGAAACAAUUUAAUCAAAUCUGGUUUUCUACAGCGAGAGGGAUGUAGGGAUGGACAAGACUUAAUGUGUGUUGGGAGGGGGUGAACGGGUGCAGUGAGGAGUUAGGUCUGUCCGUCCGUCCGUCUAUCCGAGUUGUAAACUAGGCACAUAGCCCACACUUACCUUCUGGGGCACAGGACGACUUGUGUCCUUGGCUGUCUCUAGAGAACUGGGUGCUUAGAGGAUGCUGGUAAUGGCUUUGUGACGUUCACAAUGCCCCCUCCCCACCCCCACUAAGCCAAAGGCAUGGACAGGGUGGCAACUAUCCUGCGCACCUGAUGGAAUUCAUUCCCUUAAAAAUAAAAUCAGCCGCUAGCCAAGGAAGCUUGCCUUCAAUGACGCAGAAUGUGGGCCACACCCCCUCUCUCCUCCAAUGGUGCUCUAUUGUCUGAAGCUCAGGUGGAGGCUCUUGUCCCUCAAACAAACCUUGAGGGAGGUGCCAUCAUGCACGGCUUCUUGCAUCCUCUCCAGAGAUGCAUAAAAUGUUUUUUGUUUUUUGUUUUUUUUAACAUUAGCAACACUCCUCUUUCAUGCAAACCCGGUGAGUUACUUUGGUUUGAUGGUAGCUAACAUGACUUGAGAAGCUGAGGUCUUUUAGGUUUCAUACAGAGUAGGUGUAAAACUUGCAGGGAUGCUGGCAGCCUGCGGUCUGUGGCAGUGACCGUGAGCAUUUCCUGUUAGAACCCCCCUUUCACCACACUGCAAGGCUAAGUGGUUCUGAGCAGUUAAAAGUACCAAGCUACAUAGGAAUCAACGUUCAGUUUGAUUAGGACUGUGUUCAAGAUGUUCGGUGUUACGGAAGCUGGCAGUGUGCUCUUCAUAAACCACCGACCCCUGGGCUUUCCUCUUGGUUUCUCCAGGUUCUGUUUUAGCAAGAACCUUCUGAACUGACAGAGACCAAUGCUCUGUCCAAAUGCCAGCUUUCUAAAAGGCACUAAAAUAAAUAUUCAGUGCUGGGCAAAUCCGAACUUGGCUUUCAGUCCAGUGCUUAUUUGUGUACAAGUGAGAUUUCUCCAGAGAAGCAAACUGGAAGGAACAAAAGCAAGGAACUUUAUUGUUUGUUUCUGGGGUUUUGUUUUGUUUUGUUUUUUAAGACGGGGAGUUUUUCCUCUGCGAUGUGUGUGCUUUCUUGGAGUUUGUAUUUUCUUUCAGAGAGCUCUCUUGUAAGUGACAAACUGUGAAAUGGGUUGCCAAAAACUGUGUCCUUUGUUCGAUGCCUCAGAGGGAACUGUGUAAAUUCUCUCUGCACCUUGUCACGUCUGUUUCCUCCUCCCUCCCAUGAGAGCAGGGACCACAUCUCCCAUGAGAUGUAAUUACCACACGCUUGCUAUUAAAGAGCCUUCCAGCCCUGG